UUUUCUUUGGAAAAUCUCAGGACAAGUUGAAAGCAGUGUCAGAGGAACUUGGACACCAGAUCCGAGUUUUUUCAAGAGAGAAAUUUGCUCAACAACCGAGCAAGCUGCCCAGUGCAGAUUAUGAGGAAGAUGAUGAAUUUUAUGAGCUUCAGCCUGCUGAUUACCACAACUUGGUAUCAAUCAGGAAGGCAGAGAAAUCUAAAAUGCUGAAGACUCGCAAGAUGCGUGAGGCAGAACUUGCUGCUCAGCGAGCAAAGAUAGCAAAGGCGGUAAUGAGGGUGCGAUUCCCUGAUGGCUACAUUCUUGAGGCUGACUUUCUUCCAUCAGAUAGGAUUCAUAGUCUAGUGGACCUGCUCAUGAAAGUACUUGCUAGACCAGAUCUGCCAUUCUAUCUUUAUACAGUACCUCCAAAGAAGCGUAUACUAGACACAUCACAGGACUUCUAUACAGCUGGUUUUGUCCCUGGAGCGAACGUCCACUUUUCUUAUGAUCUGCCUGAAGGUUCGUUGGCAGAUGAUCUAAAAUCAGGACCCUUUCUCCGUGAAGAAAUUCAAAGUUUGGAUGGACUGUCACUUCUGUUGAAACCUGCUAGUCAACCUGAUGAUUCUAGGAUGAACUCUCCUGCUGUUCAGUCUGGUGUAUCCCAAUCUAAUCCUGCACCAACAGCAAAUGAGAAGCCAGGCAAACCAAAGUGGCUCAAAAGGUGAUACCGCUUGGGGCAUCAAGUAUUUUCCUGCCCUCAACACAGAAUCACUCUGUUAGGCUUCUAAACACUCAUAAUUCAUGGCUCAACAAGUUGGAAUCUGAACAGGCCGCACUGCUGCAGUACUAUCCUCAAGCUGUUGGGGCAUUAGAAGUGGGUCCCCACUUUUGUAGGUGGGAGUAAAUUUGAUGUGUUGCGAGUCGUCAGAAUGGUGCUCUGGCUAAGCGCUUUGCCACCUUACGCAUCGUGUAAACACCAUAGUAACAGUGGAAAUAAUAGUCAGGUCUUCUUUACGCGGCUUCACGGUGCAAUGCUGUGCCUGUGCCUGUCUUCACGCGAUACAUUUCAGAAAACUGGAGAUACUAACAAACGUGAGCUUUCAGAUCUGGAUUGCCUGUGCGUUUUAUCCUGCCCAAGCCCAUGAUAUUGUGGCAGGUUGCUUUCUUGUAAUUGAUGGUGACGGAGCCCUCAUCAGCGACUAAUUUGUCGCUGAGUGGCACGCAUUUUCUUCA